UUUGGUCGUUGCGUACUUCGGCGGAAUUGAAUCUAUUGGCCCGGUGGUUUUCGAUAUUCUCUCUGUUCGCUGUGGAAAGAAUUAUUGUAGAUUUUCAACAAUUCCAACCUCAAUAACCUGGGCACAAUGUACUGUUUUACGUGUACCCGCGGCUGGCUACGGCCGUUGAAAGUUUACGGCGAUGGUCUGCGGUGUCUGAGCACACGAGGCUCGUUGAACGCCGCACAGGCGACGAACAUUAAGAAACGAACGCAGCGGCGGAAACCGUCCAUAGUCGAAGACACGGGCCAGCCACAUGGCGUGAGUUUUCAAAACCGAUAACAACGCAGAUUUCUGUCGGUCCUAUGUUAUUGAUGUUUGUCGUAGUAUGGCUUUUGGGUGCGUGGAAAAAAUGUAAAAAAAUAUCGUUAAACGUGUCGUAGAUUUUUUUUUUUUUUUUGUAUUUCUCAAGGGACAUAAAUUUGAUGGCCCCGAUAUAGUGUUGUUCCUAAAAAGAAUAGUUUUCAAUGCGACAAAUUUGUUUAAUCGGUGUGUAAUUUGUGUGAAUAUGUAAUAGUAGGUGGCUACAGUACACGUUUUAUAUCAUUUUCAUAUCGCAAUCGCAAUCGUUAAAUUGCGGUCCAUCAAAUAUCUUAAAACAGUUUGAUGUACCUGCGUAAUGUUGUAUGCGAUAAUUCACUACUCACAUUUACGCUAGUACAUACCUAUACAGUUAAAACAAAAAAAAAAAAACCAAAAAUCGCGUUUUCACAAAUAAUAACGGGUACCGACAAAUAAUGUAUGAUUUCAUAACGAGGUGUAAAAAGUGUACUGACCGAAAAUGGUCUGUAAACGGAAAAAUCGAAAAUCUGACCGGUAGAGAUUUGUCUAGGACGGUAUAGAAACAAACACAAAUAAUCUAUGUACAAUUUUCCGAUAUUUUGACAUUUUUUUCUUCUCGGACAUUUCUCCAACAUUAAUAAUAAACUAAAUAUAUCGUAGAAGUCUCCUGAUAGGUAGGUACGACAUAGCGAAAUUGCGUUCGGCGGGCACAGUAAUCGCGUUACGUCGCAGUCUUAACGUCGACGUGAAUUUUGAACGUCAUCGAGUCCGUAUAAGUAACGGUUAAAAUUUCCCAGCGAGUCAUGAGUAUUUUUCAAUUUUGUCAAUUUCACGUACCUACACCCGUUAUACGGGCAUUACAUAGGUAUGUCGCUUAAAAAUUAAAUGCCGAGAGAAAAACCGACGCACAAAACUACAAACACGGGCGGGUCAAUCGUAUUACCUGUGCGUUUGAUGCCGUGUCAAUUCAAUCUAAUAAUAUUUUUUAAUCAACAAAAACCAAAUGGCCGCUGCAAUUUUCAAAUUUGCCAAGUCGUUGGACGGACGCGCGCGCGGCUAUUACGUCUUCUGUUAAGCGUUUGUUGACGUUUUACUUGUCCGUUGAUUGCCUAUAUUUUUGAUGUUUUAAAAAUUAUUUUCGAAACCCGUCGGAUUAUAUAGAGUGAUUUUUGUAUCGUGAACCAGCAAUUAUCUCGGGGGAUUUUAAGUGAAAUUUGAUUUCUCUUUUUUUUUUUUCUAAUAAUUAUGGAAUCGUGUUAGGUUUAUUUUAAACCAAUGUUUAAUUGUUUACCCUUACUCCAUAUAUCUUUAAGUGCAUACUUUUGAUUUUCCAAUAGGAACACACCCUUCCUUUUUGAACACUGUUUUGAAUAGAGAAUAUUUUUCUAGAAAUUUUGAUAUGCAUCACACUAAUAUCAGAUUUACCGUUUAUGAGUUAAAACGGUAUAAAGUUUAGACCGGAAGAAUGGCGAAGGGUAACAAAUUGCUUAUCUAUGACCCUUCUCUACGCCUCCUCCUAUAGGAAAAUCAAAAGUAUGCAUUUAUUUAAGAUAUAUGUUGUAGGGAUAAAAAAUUAAACGUUGGUUUAAAAUAAAGCUUACACGAUUCCAUAAUUAUUAGAAAAAAAAAAAAGAAGAGAAAUCAAAUUUCACUUAAAAUCCUCUGAGAUAAUUGCUGGUUCACGAUACAAAAAUCACCAUGUGGAUUAGGCUGCGUUUUUUUUUUUUGUAUAUAAAUUGUGUAUUUAUUCGAGUGUUUAUUUGUCUACGUUAUCAUUAUUUAUUUCGUAUACCGUAUUUUAUUAUUAUAAUAAUCCACGGAUACGCGUGUUGUCGACAGUUUUGGAGCGUGUCGGCGUUCGCGACGGCCGAGGAGUUCCGGUUGGAGAAACUGCACGUGGCGCUGAAAAAGACGAAAAUUUACGAACCCACGUGCCUGUACAAAGGUUCCGACUUGGAUGAAACAGGUGAGCUAAUCGAAUAAUCUGCACAGAACAGUGACGUGUUCAGAUGAGUUAAACGGGGUGGGUGGUAUUGGGAAGUUAGGAUACAGACAGGAAUCUAAUGUAUUAUCUGUAAGCAACGAUUAACCAUUGCUAACGAAAAAAACGAUUCAUGAACUAGCAAUUAUCUCGGAGGAUUUUAAGUGAAUUUGAUUUCUGUUUUUUUCUAAUCAUUAUCGAAUUGUUUAAGCUUUAAAACCAUUUUUAAUUUUUUACCCCUAAUCCAUGUACCUUAAAUAAGUACAUACUUUUACAUGGAUUUUUCGAGGUCUUCUAAAAUCCACGACUCCGUCGGAUUGUGUAGUUAAACAUCUGAUGUUCGUACGUACUCUUACCCAGUCUAUACUUACUUACUAAAAUCGCAAAAUUUCAGAAUCCGCGGACGUCAUACACGCCGUGUCUAAAAUGCACGUCACCAACGAGCCCAGGCAUUUGUAUUUCUUUCGUGAGGGCUCGGUGGUCGGUUGGAACAUCACGGACCUCGAGGUCAAAAGUCUUGUAAAUUUUUUGACGGAUCACGAAAUCGGCCCGUACAACGAUCAGAUCAUCACAGACGAGAGGGAAAUCAUGUACUAUACGUACACGGACGACAAGUAAAUGGCUGAUAAUUCAUUACGAUAUUACAAUACAUUUCGCUUCUUAUCGUUAGUAAUCCACAGAUAAGCUUGUUGCGGCUCUCUUUAAUUCUAACGCUCAGUUUUAGGGGUGCCUAUACCGGUGGAGUAAAACGGUUGAUAUUUAAUUAUUUUCAGUUUAGAUGUAUUUAAAGUAAGAUUUUAUCAGUUCUUUUCGUUAAAACGAAAAAAUGCUUUCAAAAUAUAAAAAAGUUGAUUCUACUCGCGGGUAGAAUAUACGUCGUAUAUUAGGUUAUCAGUUUACUUUUUUCAACCGAGUGAUUUUCUUUAUAGCGAUUUUCAAAGUAGUGACCAUCUGUCGAGCAUCAGAUAUUUUUAAACGUGAAUGUUUUUCAGGAAGAGUUCCAUUAAAAAGGGUAACCUGCACCUGAUCAGAGACGAUGUGACAGCAUCAGAUUUGGACCGUUACACUUUCUCAAACGCGAUGGCUCACAGCGUCAAGUUGGGCAUAUGGGAAUCAAUGCUCGAAGAGUACAUUGAUUCUGUCGAGUAUGUAACGCAAGUGAGUGUUGUUGACCGCCGACAUCGUGUUAUUUUUUUAAAUUAAUUAGUCGUCACCCAUAUAAUCUUUUAGUGAUUGUCGUCUUCAUUCUGUUGUCUAAUAUUCCAUUUUUUAAGUAUUGUUAGCAUAGUAGUAUAUUUUAGUCUGUAAUAUGAUAAAUUUAUAGGACCUUCAAAACGGACUGCCCAUACGAAUUACCAGAAAAGAAGUAAUGAAAAAGACUGGCGAACUGUUUGGACUAAGACACAAGAUUAAUUUGAGUUCAGACCUACAAGAUUUGCCAGACUUUUACUGGGAACGGGAACAGCUGGAAACUUUCUAUCGGUCAUCCUGCAAUUAUUUCAGUAUUUCUACGCGUCUAAAGGUGUGUGUGUAUGUGUAAUCACAACAGUGUUCAAUCGGUUAAUACUUGAUCUUAAAAUUUCUUAUAAUUACCAACAAAGUUGGCAGCAAUUAAAAACUAUAAUGGUCUUAUUUUGUUUUUAAUUUUUUUCAACAACUUUUCAUUUUAGACAAUGAACCUAAAAAUAAACCAUUGCUUGGAACUAGUUGAGCUCCUAUCACACCAUCUUAGUGACAAACAUCACAUCAGAUUAGAAUGGAUGAUCAUUGUGUUGAUCAUGGUUGAGGUUGGCUUCGAAAUCAUUCACUAUACUCAGAUGUUUAUUAAAUAAACAUAUUAUGUAAGGAUAAUUUUAAUUUGUUGUUAAUAUUAUUACUUGUCAUCUCUUACAAAGACUGUGGUUUAAAGAUUUCUAUAAUUGUUUUUAAGUUUAAUUAUUACCGGUUUUUAUUGUGAAUAUUAGUUGCUAAAUACAUUUUUUAAAAAAAGGGUCAAAAAGCAAUUCAUUUUUAGUCUCAAGGAUUCUCAAUAGGAUUAAUCCACUGCCAUUCAAUUAAUUAAGUAACUCAUAUUAUUAUUAUAAUAAGAAAUAGAUUAGAAUAUAAAACAUAUAAAUUUAUAAUUGUUAAUAAAAUUGCAUUAAUUUUAUGUUUUAUGUUUACAUUUAUAGUUAAUACAUUUUGUUGUCAAAUAACAUAUUACAAAUCAAUAGAUAUUAUAAAUUGUACAACAUUAAUAAAAGUUAGUAAAAUGAGUAUAAAAAUCAAUUGCACAAUAAAAACUUAGAAAUAAACCAAUCAAAAUAAUAAUAAUAAUAUUAAAGAAUAAAUUGUUGGACGGUAUUAAAAGUAAUAAAAUGGUAAAAUUGACAUGAAAAUGUUUGUGUUAUUAUUCUGAAUUACAUAUUAAAAUUAAAAAUAAUUCUAUAAAACUAAAACACAAAUUGUUGUAGCAAUGCUAAAUUACUUGAUGUAAUGAGGAAACCAAAAUUACGGUUUACCAGACUGAUUUUUUCCGCCGAUGAUCCUAAAACAAUUAGAUAAUAAUAAUAAUAAUAUUACUAAU